GAUGAGGUGGGCGGCGGCCACAGCUUCUCCUUCUACGGCGCUGCCCUGUCGGACCCGGAGAAGGGCAGCCCGGCCCUGUUUGCGAUCCUCAGGGGCCUGGCGUGUCCCGCCCUGGUGUCGCCCGAGAGGUGCGCCGCGCUGAGGGACCAGUUCCUGAAGCUGGCCCGCUACCGGCAGCUGAAGAGCGAGCAGGACUACGCGGGGCUGCACGCCGAGAUCGGGCAGGGCCUGCAGCCGGAGGGCCCGAGGGAGGCCGGCCGGCUGUUCUACCUGUCCGUCCCCGCCUUCGCCUACGCCGACAUCGCCGGCAAGAUCAACGGCAGCUGCCGGCCCCCCGCGGGGGCCUGGCUCCGGGUGGUGCUGGAGAAGCCCUUCGGCCACGACUCCGACAGCGCCAGCCUGCUCUCCUCGCAGCUGGAGAAGUUCCUGAAGGAGGAGGAGACCUACAGGAUCGACCACUACCUGGGGAAGCAGGUCGUUGCGCAGAUCCUGCCGUUCAGGAUGCAGAACCGGAAGCUCUUGAGCCCGAUCUGGAACAGGCACCACGUGGAGAGGGUGGAGAUCGUGCUGAAGGAGACCCUGGAUGUGAAAGGGCGCACGGAGUUCUACAACCAGUACGGCGUCAUUCGCGACGUCAUCCAGAACCACCUGACCGAGGUCCUCACCCUCCUGACCACGGAGAUUCCCGUCAACCUGAGCAGCUCGGGAGAGAUCCUGAGGAACAAGCUGAGGGUCUUCAGCUCGCUGCUGCCUCUGGACAGGGGGAGCGCCGUGAUUGGGCAGUACCAGGCGUACAGCGCCGAGGUCCGCGAGGAGCUGAACAAAACCAAAGACUUCGUCAGCGCCAUGCCCACUUUCGCCGGUGUGGCGGUGCACAUCGGUAAUUCCCAGUUCGACGGCGUCCCUUUCAUACUGACGUCGGGGAAGCUGCUGGACGAAAGAGUUGGUUACGCCCGGGUCCUCUUCAAGAACCGAGUCUUCUGCGUUCAGAACGUCGGCGACGUCCACUGCCAGCCCCGGCAGAUCGUGUUUUACUUCGGUCACGGCAGCCUGCAGAACCCGGCCAUUUUGGUGAGCAAGAACCUGUUCAAGCCCGUGCUGCCGGAGGACAGCUGGCAGGAGGUCACGGAGCACAAGGACAUCAGCCUGUUCGGCUUGCCCCUGUCGCAGUACUAUGUGCAGACCCCCCGGGUGCAGAAGGAGGCCUACGCAGUGCUGAUCUCGCACAUCUUUCACGCCAAGAAGGACAGUUUCAUCAGCACGGAGAACCUGCUGGCCUCCUGGCAGUUCUGGACCCCGCUUCUGCACAGUCUGGCGCAGGAGUUUCCCAGGCUCUACCCUGGAGGGGAGGACAAUAAAAACCUCCUGGAUUUCAAGCUCCAGGGGCGCGAGGUUUCGUUCACAAACGAGGCCGUGGUGCUGAUCUCCCAGAGUCCCGGGGGCUCGACGGCCCAGAGCUUCCAGGUCACUCAGGGCAAGUACAGGACCUGGGACAUGGUUUCGGCCUGGGCGGAGGAGCUCAUCCACCGGCUGGCCUCCGACUUGCAGGGGGCGGCAGAGAGGGCCGUGAGACGGAGAGGGCAGUUCCACCUGGCCCUCUCGGGGGGGUCCAGCCCCCUGGCCUUGUUCCAGAGGCUGGCGCUGCAUCACUACGCCUUCCCCUGGGAGCGCACGCACGUCUGGAUGGUGGACGAGCGCUGCGUGCCCCUCUGGGAGCAGGGCUCCAACUUCAGGACGGUGCACGACCACCUGCUGCAGCACGUCCGCAUGCCCUACUUCAACAUCCACCCCAUGCCGGUCCACCUGAACCAGCGGCUGUGCGUGGAGGAGGACGGCGGCCCGCAGGCCUACGAGAAGGAGAUCGCCCGGUUUGUCAACGACUCCAGCUUCGAUUACGUCCUGCUGGGCGUCGGCUACGACGGCCACACGGCCUCGCUCUUCAAGGACACCAAGGCCGAGGCCCUGAAGGACAAGCUGGUGGCCUUGACGGAGAGCCCGGUCAAGCCCCACCAGCGGAUGAGCCUGACCUUCUCCGCCAUCAACAGAGCCAGGGCCAUAGGCGUGCUGGCGAUGGGCAAGGGGAAGCACGAGAUGAUAACCCAGCUGAGCAGGGUGAAGGACGACCCAAGGAGGUGGCCGAUCACGGGUGUCAAGCCUGUCAAAGGCAGACUGGUGUGGUACAUCGACUACGAAGCACUGCUGGGGUGAUGGGUGCGUGCCAGGUGUGCCAUGCUCUCUUCCUUCCACCCCAAGCGUGAGCCUCACAACCUCAGAAAGCCUCACCGACGAAGGCAGGCAGUUCCAGCUCAGCCCUCGUCAGUGUGCAUGAACUUGUCUUAUGAAGGAAAUGUAUUGCAAGAGCCCUUAUCAGUGGUGCAGGGCUCCAAUCCUGCACGACUGCAGCAUCUUCUGGUUAUCGUUCUUCAGUUCUUAAUUGCAUAUUUUAAUUCCUGGGCUAAUUGGAUGUCUGUAUUUUUAAAUAGAAAAUGCAGAUUUAUGGGACUUUAAAUUUAGUCGGGGCAAAUCAUUUUCUACAAAGCGCGAUGAAACUUCCUGUUGGUUUGUAUCAAUGUCUACUGAUUUUCUUUUAAUCAUGAAAAGUGGGUUGAUGAAAAAUUCAGCAGAUUUUCCAAAAGGGCUUGAAUAUGGUUCACUGUAAUUGCAGUUCCUGCUUCUACCAGCGUCAACUUUUAAAUAGCACUUCUCUUUCAAGACCGGUUUACACCAAUUUCUGAAUGUGAAUUAAGUUCAGGGGCCAUGAAGAAGGACCAAAAUGACAGUUUCUCUGCUGAUCCCUUUGUGAGUAAAGAUUUGAGAAAUCUACAGCAGUCACUGCCAGAUCCCAACGGAUCAUCUUCUUUCUUUUGUUUCUGUUUCAAGAGGGCUUGAAAUCCUCAACUGGGCCUUCAUCACCAGUGCUAAGUGGUGUCUGGGACUGAUCUGCCUGCUGGUUUGGGCUUAUUUCUGCACUUAGUCCUUGGUUUCGCAAUGCCACAGUUAAAGCACUUCUUUAAAUGAUUAUUUCCAACAACUUAAGCGUACAGAAAUAUAUGUAGUCUCACCUCAACUUGCUAAUUAAGUCUCUGGGGAGGAUGGCACUGUGUCAGACACAGUGAGUCAGUGUUUUUCCCUUCAGCUGGUUGCAUUUCAGCUCGCACACCUGAAUGAGGGCAGUCCUGAAGCUAAUUGGCAAUGACUAGGUAAUUAGCAUAGAAUUCAUUCCAAUUAGAAACCUCCUCUAGCUUCUUUAAACUUAAAAUCAGUUUUUGGAGAGAAAAUUUGAAUAAAUUAACCUGUGAUUAGGAAUGCAGCUGGAGCAUCAAACUAGAGAGAGGAUACCUUUCCAGGAGAAGGACUGAGAAUCACUUUACGGGACAUGAAAGGAGGAGAACAGCCCAGAAUAGCAAGCAGGUCAGUUAGUUAAGGGUGCAGUUAGCCCUGGUGAUGAAGGGCCCAGCUGGGACAAACAGGAGCACACACAGGGGUUCCUCAGGGACCAGAACUGAGAACCAAUCGGGUGCAGGUUCAGGCCUCUUCAGCAGGCACUGGGCUUUGCAGAACUGAAGACAAAAAUUGGGCGCCUCUGCAUUUUCUGACUUUUUUUUCUAGUGUGAUCUGUACACUGGUACAGAAGAGCCCAUUUUCAGGACCGCUGCUAAUGUCAUCUAAGUGCCUUUAAUAGAUCCAAGAUAAAUAAUCCCUCCAUGCUCUUCAAACCCUCUGAAUGUAUUUCCCUCUCAGGGGUUAAAAUAGGAUGGAGAGUCUUAACUACCUCUCAGUUAAAGUGACCAGUUCCUUGGUAGCAAAGGCAGAGUCCUGUAUAGUCAAAUAGAUUUGAUGUUUUCCACCUUAAUAUGCAAAUUCAAAGCUGCAACAAAUCUCUGUUUUUGCAUGGAUGUUUGGAAGUUGUUUUUUAUAUCAUGAAGUUUAAAAUCAACAGAUUCUCUUGCACUGUUGUCGUGUCUUUAACACUGGUUUGCUUCUUUUGGUCGUCUGUCCCUGUUCGAUUUCCUGUUGUAUAUUUUUAAGGACACAACAAGCAACCAAGGAACAAGAAAUUGAUUUUUUUUUUCAGUUUAUUUUUAAUUUUUAAGGCACUGAACUGAACACACUGGAAUGUCUUGAAGGAUCAAAAGAGCUUACCUUCUGCACAUUUGUACAAAAGUAUUAUCAAUGCUUAGAUUAAAUUCUAAGUUUAAAAAAAAUUUAGUUGUCUUGUCCUUUGAUAAUAUUGCCUGUAUCGCCGCCUGGGCGUCUCAUUGCAGACCAGAAGGAUAUUCAGUACAGGCACCGAAGAGAAAUGCUGGACUUCAAGGUCUUGCAUUGGAUCAUUCAGGUUAAAUUGCAGUCAAAGAAGCGUCCCAGAUACCGCUGGGGGCUGUACAGGUAGAGUCACAGAAGGUGACCCUGUGACUCCUCUCAUUUCUGAGGGGACUGUUCAUGUGAAUCCUCCAGGCACAGUAACACAUUGCCUUAAUGCUCAUAUACUGUAUCUGCUAUUUUCCAUCUCUUUUUUGAUGCUGUUUUCUAUCUCAUACUAUUCAUUAUUAAACUAAUGAAAUUCUUGCUCUUUU